UGAUGACUUUUAACCCUGAUGUGUCAUCUGUGCUACCUGACCAGAGGAUUUUUAUGGAUAACACAGAGGAUAUUAUGCAAUCUCUCAGCCCCACUCAGUGGAAGCUCAUCCUGCUCUUUGUACCAAUCGAUGAGCUCUGUGUGUGUCCAGGCCAGGACCUCAGAACAGUCAUUGAUGAAGCAUUGGGAAGAGUAGAAAAGGAACUAGUCGACCUUCACAAAAAGUUGAAAAACACUCUGGUUCAUGUUGUUGUGUGGAGUGGACUGCCAAGUGCUGAAUCUCAUAGCCGAGUGUGUCAGUGCCAGUGUGAGGAGGGAUACAACGAAAAUAGACAUAGGCUGGAUACAAUAGUGCUUAUGUCUUCCUUACAGGAGUCAAUUGGUGCUCUUCUAGAGAGGAGAGACUGGUUCAGUGACCGGGAGGAUUUCAGCGUAAUGCUUCAGUCCACUCCAGUGUAUGCAGACCACAGUCCUUCAGUGGAUAAAGCUAGUACAUCUGACUCAUAUGACAUAAGUAUAUUGGCUUUACAACUCUGGAAAAAUUUGCUGCAACCAAUGGUAAGCGAGGCGGAGGUGGAGGGGAGAGGCGUUUUCAGCAUUCCUUGCCCUACUGAGGAAAGGCCGUACUUGCGCACACAGCUAAACUCUCAGCCUGAGCUCAGAGUCUUAGAUCCUUCUCCACUUCUAGAUCCAGUUAUGGGGACUGAGUUCACCUGUGAAGACAGGACACCAUCCCCCACCAUCCCCACAUCAGUCCACAACCUGCGGCCAGCGGACAUAAAAGUGGUGGCAGCGAUGGGGGACUCUUUGACGGCAGGCAACGGGGUGGGUGCAGCACAAAACAACCUCCUUGGUGUGGUCACAGAGUAUCGUGGUCUUUCAUGGUGUAUUGGUGGAGAUGAGAACCUUACAACUGUGACCACUUUAGCAAAUAUUCUGAAAGAGUUUAACCCUUCGCUCACUGGCUACUCAGUUGGAAGUGGAGGUGAGAAUUCUGCAAAGAGUUUUCUAAACCAGGCAGUUCCAGGAGCCAAAGCCGAUGAUAUGGCCAAUCAAGCUCGUGCUGUCAUUAAAAGAAUGAAAGAAGACACUAAAAUUGAUUUCCAAAACGAUUGGAAGGUUAUCACCAUCUUCAUUGGCGGAAAUGACCUAUGUGCCCACUGCUCUGAUACCCUGUAUUAUUCUCCUGAUAACAUUGUCAAGCGCAUUCGUGAGGCUCUAGACAUAUUACACAAAGAGGUUCCUCGUGCUUUGGUGAAUCUUGUGGAGCUCCUUGAUAUAGUUCCACUGCGCCGCAUGCAUCAGGACCCCAGUCUCGGCUGCCCUACCUGGCUGGUCAAUAUGUUGUGCCGCUGUGUCCUGAAGCCUAAAGAUGGAUCUCAGGAAUUCCAAAGGUUGCAGGAUUUCAACAAAGCCUAUCAGCGUGGUAUGAGGGAGGUAGUGGAGUCCGGGCGAUAUGACACACAUGAAAACUUCACUGUGGUCCUGCAACCAUUUUUUAGGAACGUGUUUCUCCCCGUGCUGGAGGAUGGAAAGCCUGACCGGUCAUAUUUCUCUCCAGACUGCUUUCAUCUCAGUCAAAAAGCUCACACUCUCAUGGCUCGAGCUCUCUGGAACAACAUGCUUGAGCCUUUAGGUAAUAAGACAGAUAGUCAAGAUUUUACUACAGGUAUAUCUCUUCAAUGCCCUGAAAUGUCUGUCCCCUACUUGAGGACCUAUAGCAACAGCAAUUACACAUAUGAUACCCCACCUCCUACUCCUCCACCUGUCACAAAUUGGGGAAGCGAUAUCUCUUGUGUGGACACAGCGCCAUCUGACACUGUGCCAACAUCUGUUCACAGAUUGCGACCAGGUGACAUUAAUGUGGUGGCAGCUGUGGGAGAUUCACUCACUGCUGGUUUUGGGGCAAAAGCUAACAACAUUCUGCAGUUGCUGGACGAGGAGCGAGGGGUUUCCUGGAGCAUUGGUGGGGAUGAUCAUUUGGAGACAGUCACCACAGUGCCUAAUAUCCUUAAGAAAUUCAAUCCAAAUGUUUUCGGCUUCUCAAAGGGGAAGGGUAAACGGCCAAAUGGCUUCAAUAUGGCAGUGAGCGGCGCCAAAGCAAAGGAUAUACUAGAACAAGUGAUUGAUCUUAUCAAGGCUUUAAAAAACAGCACGAAUGUGGACUUUGAAAGGGACUGGAAGCUGGUGACACUGUUUAUCGGAGGAAAUGACCUUUGUCAGUACUGUCUUGACCGGGACUCUCUAUCCCCUCAUAAGUACAUUGGUUACAUCAGAGACAGUCUGGACAUUCUGUACAAUGAGGUUCCCAGAGUGCUGGUAAAUUUUGUGGAAAUCUUAGAGAUCAAGGAGCUGCGUAAAAUAAAGAGAGACACGCUGGGCUGCAGCCUCCUGCAAGAGAACCUGUGCCCAUGUUUUUUGAGUCCCGGUGAGAACUCACCAGAACUGAGUGAAAUGAACAAGAUCAACAGGGAUCUGCAGAUGGAAGCCGAGAGGUUGGUAUAUGGGGGUCGUUAUGACAAAAGAGAUGACUUUGCAGUGGUGAUACAGCCCUUCUUCAAGAACUCUAUUGUUCCAAUGACAGGGGAUAGCACACCAGACGUUAGCUUCUUCUCUGCAGACUGCUUUCAUUUCACUGAGCGCGGACAUGCACAGAUGGCUAUCUCACUCUGGAAUAACAUGCUGGAGCCUAUGGGGAGUAAACAAACCUACAAUAAUUUCACAUAUGACCGCAGUAAGAUCCAUUGUCCCACAAAGGAACAUCCAUUUAUCUUUACACGGGUAAACAGCAUGAACAAUGACUCUGAUGUCUCUACCACUUCCAUACCCACCACAGUGGCACCAGGCACCCCUCUCCCUAAAGACUGCUCUAAGGAUUCAGUGCCAGCCUGGGCAGCCGCCAUUCUUGCUGUAGCAGGUUUGCUAAUAGGUUGGGCUGUAUCAUGGAUCUUCGUUUACUACAGAGAACGAAGGAACAGGAGGAAAAAAACGAGCACCUGUGAAACUGAAAUGAAAGGAACUAGUUUCUGAUAAAACUAUUUGGCAAAUUGUGAAAGGAUUUUUAACAAGGCAACACAGACACACUUUUUUUAAUGUAAAGCAGUAUAGUAAAGUGUACAGAUUUAUUGCUGUAAAUUAUAUAAUAAAUCCAUACUUAUAAUAAUUGUGUAAAUAAUAUAAGUGCAUAAUAUACAAAUGAUUAUUGACACUAUAAUGUAAACUGCAGGUCUUGUCUUAAUAUAAAAUCAGUUAUAAUUUAUUGCUCAUGGUAUUGGAUAAUAAAAUGCUCUAACACCAAAACAAUAUUAUAACUAUAUAAUAUUAUGAUAUAAGUUUAAAUAUACAACAGGGUAACUUGUUUUUACUUUAACAGUAACAUUGCAAUAUCAUGCAAUUGUGUUUUUGAGAUAUGAUAUGGAUUAUACUGUUUAUAUCCAACAGUAUAAUCUGCUUGUAUCAGUUCUAAACUUGUUUUGGGUGAGAACAGACCAAAAUAUAACUUAUUUUUCACAAUAAAUCUUGACAUCAGCAGUCUCCUUGGCAAUCAUGUUUUCAAGCUCGAGUACUCUUUAUAGCGCCAUCUAGCGCUCUGCACAGGCAUCAAACAAGGAAGUGUAAUCAAGCUUGAAAUCAAGAUCAUGCCUAAAAUGUACAGUGAAAAAGGAGUUACAUUUUAGUCUGUUCUCACAAAAAAAAUAUUAGAUCACUUAAAAAAAACAUUUAUUUAACCAUUGGAGUCAUAUGUAUUACUUUUAUGGUGCCUUUAUGUUCUUUUUGGGACUUCAAAAUGUUUGUGUUUUAGAGCAUUUUAUUACCCAAGACCAUGAGCAAUUUAGCAUGACUGCUUUUAUAUUAUGACAAAACCUGCUAUUGAUAUUAUAACACUGUGAAUAUACAACAGUGUAAUUUGUAGAAUCAGAAUGAGCUUUAUUGCCAGGUAUGCUUACACAAGGAAUUUAUCUUGGCGACAGAAGCUUCCAGUGCACAACAAUAUAAUACACCAACAAGACAGAGAUAAUGAUAAGAAAUA